AUGAAAACUCUACUUAUUUUAUGCCUUCUAAGUGUUGGUGCAAAUGCACUCUUUGGAUUCGGAGAGUCUAAAACCACAAAAGGACCGGUACGUUUUGAAUUUUCUAAUACUAAAAUGAGUAUUACGAUCACUGUAACACUACAGAAAAUCUCCCUCGGCUCCGAAAUUGCUAUACCUCAUACCGAUGACGACCAAGAUACCGGAGAAAUAGUAAUCCCAUUCAAUGAUCCUAGCACCACCACAACCAAACGAAACAGAGCCACUACCACGGUUCCAGUUAUUAAAGUUGGUGGAAUUGGUUUGGAUCGUACUAGAAGUACAAUGGAUGUCAGAGGAUUCACGAGUACAAUGAAUCCCAGAUUCACAGCGGCUACUAAACGUCUCCCCUCUUCCGAUCGUCAUCCAUCUUCCGGAUGCCCCAACCGAAUCGACGCCUACACAUUCGGACCUGACUUCGACUAUGCCUUUUAUGAAUCUACUGUCUAUAAAACAUCCAACAACAGAAUCGCUCACGUUUCAUCUCUUUCCGAAGAGUUCCCGGAUGGUCCUCGUCAAGUCAAUGGGGCACUUUAUGAUCCAGAGAGGGAGAUGAUGUGGUUGGUGUCUGAAAGAAGUGUGUAUGGAUAUAAAGAAGUUGACGGAGACUGGAAAUUGCAAUCAGUGUUUCCCAAAGAGCUUCCAUCAUCUGUUGGUUUCACUCCGGAUGCUGCUGUUAGGUGGCACAACAAGCAUCAGAUACUUUUAUCGAACGGUGGAAAGUUUGCACUUUAUGAUGAGUACUGGAACAAGUCUCUAAUGACAGGGAGGACCGACAGUUACUUCGAGAAUCUCCCAGACCGGGUACGUGGUAUUUCUGCAUGGAAUUCUCAAGGAAAUGCCAACAUUUUCACUCAAUCUCUAGUUUUUGUAUACAAUUCGGAAGCGAAGAAAGUGACAGGAGAUGGAGUGCCACUUGGCGAUUUUUGGAGAUGUUAA